CGACGCACCGCACCGGGCAGGGUCAACAUGCGCUUCGGCCGCUGCGGCCGCGUCGUGUUCUUCAGCGUCGGCGCCCGCGUCCUGGGCCUGGGUCUGGGGGGCAUCAGCGGCAACGGCGGUCUGGGUCUGGGCCUGGGGGACAACAGCGGGCAACCUGGGCCUGGGGGACAACGGCGGCCUGGGGGACAACGGCGGCAACCUGGGUCUGGGGGACAACAGCGGCAACGGCGCCCGCGUCCUGGGUCUGGGCCUGGGGGACAACGGCGGCAACGGCGGCCUGGGGGACAACGGCGGCAACGGCGGCCUGGGCCUGGGCCUGGGCGACAGCAACAGCAGCAGCGGGGAACCUUUUGUUUACAACUGUACAACUGAAGAAGGGGAAGCUGAUGCUGAGGGCAGUGAUGAUGUUGUAGCCUUUGUAUUUUCUCCCUCGGGCACCUACCUUGCCGUGACUGCAGACAACAAGCAGCUGAUCCUGUUUCGGACCAGUCCCUGGGAGUGCAUUAGUGUGCGGCAUGCUGUUCGACGAUCUACCUCGCUUGCAAUUACAGAGGCAGAGGAUCAAAUCUUACUUGCUGACAAAUCUGGGGAUGUUUACAGCUUCUCCAUCGUAGAUCCACAGAAACCAGGGCAACUGCAGCUCGGGCACCUCUCCAUGUUGUUAGCAGUGGCAGUGAGUCUUAAAGAUCGAUUUGUGAUUACUGCCGACCGCGAUGAGAAGAUUCGAGUCAGUUCACUGGAGCAGCCGUACAUCAUUGAGGCCUUUUGUCUGGGACAUAGCGAGUUUGUCAGUGAACUGUGCAUUCCAUCAAAUCAUCCUCAGCUGCUCUUGUCUGGCUCUGGGGAUGGCACCGUCAGGCUCUGGCAAUACCUUUGUGGGACCGAGCUGGACUGCUUUAAGAUGAGUGAUGUACAAGCUUCUGGAUGUCAGAAGGCCAGGUGUACCGUGACACGGAUUGUCCACUGCAAGCAGGGCGAUUAUUUAGCUGUCCUUUGUGAUGGUUUCUCCUCAGUGUACAUCCUCCAACUGGAUGUUGUGGCUCAGAAACUGAAUCAUCGGCAAACAAUCGCAGUGACCCAGCGAGCCUGGGACGUAGCAUUCGAUGAUUCCUCAGGUCUCUGGAUCUUGGAUGGAGGAAUGGUUGUUCUCUAUCAAGCACAGGAGGGCCAUUGGCAGAAUAUUCUGCAACAUCCGGACAAAUUGAAAAUGGAAGAGGCAAUUCAUGGCCAGAUGGAGGAGUCCCAGGACUCUGUCAUUGGGAACAACUACAGCAGUUUGUACAAAGUGUCUUUGGAUAAUAUGGCCCAGUAUCAGUGGAAGAAAGAGUUACGAAUCCACCGAACACUGAACAAAAGGGCAUUGGAGCCGGUGCAGCUGAGUGGACACAGUAAAAGGACAACGGUGUGAAUGCUGCUGUGAUAUUUCCUGCUACCUGCAGGCCUGCCUCAGAUGUAGUCCUGGCCUCGGCAAUGUUUACAGUCAGGAGCUGGUUGGCGGGUGACAAACUGGCAGAGGUGCUGCAGAGUUUGAAGAGGUGGAGGGUGAACAGAGGAUUCCAAACUAUUCGCAGAGUUACAGAUGUUUAUUCUGUGUAUUUCCCCUCAGUAUCAGCUGGCAACGUUACUCUGGCCAUGGGAAUAAGCAGGCUCUACAAACCUGAGCUGAUCAGAGAUUGUGAGCAGUCUGGGAGCUUCAUCUAUCCAACCAUAUUUUCACCACCCUCAAUACAUUUGGCUAGCAAAAUAUAUUGACCUCAGAUUCUAAAUUAUAUAUAUCUGAGCAAUUAGGAAUCACAUCAACUGUUGUCCUGCUGAGAUCAGUGCUGGGGUAGAAAGUCUGGGUGUGUCGAGGCCUGAUAUUGGGUGAUGUGCUGCUGACUGGGGUGGUUUGUAGCUCCAGUCUUGGCUGGUCUACCAGUAAUGAUGGGUUAUACGUGAGAUUCCAAGCCUGGUGCUUUCUCUGUGGUGUUUGCGUGCAUGAAUUUGGUGUAAUUAAAACCAUCUAGUUACAUCAUCUCAGGAAACUAUUCAAAUUGCAAUAAAGAGUAUUCACCAAUUA